AUGAAGACUAUUCUGCUUAUUUUAUUGAGUGUGCAGAUCUUGCUAGCUCAGGAUCCAUGGGUAACCCAUUACACAGCAUUUACAUCAGCAGAAAUAAAUGAUUUGGAUGGUAAAGAGUGAUAAUUAUGCUUAGGUUGGGUUGUAAAGAAGGCAUUUAAGGGAAACACCUUUAGUAAAUGCGACAAAGUGAGUUUGGUUGGUGGUUAUGGCGCAUUUGGAAAAGGAGCAACAGCAUUAAAAUAAUUGAAUCUUCCUCCCCAUUAUAAAUUAAAGAUUAAUGUGCAGUUAUGGAAGUAAAUUUAAUUUAUAUAAUUAAACCUCUAGAAUUGACAGUUGGGAUAAUGAAAUUAUGUUUGUUUUGGUUGAUGGUUUCAUAUGGCAAGCUAAAUGGCAUUAUUCAGAAGGAGCAAAUUUAUGUGGUGCAGCAAAUGACUGGAAAGAAGCCUUUUAUAACAUCGAAUUUGAAGUUCCACACAAUUCACCAACAGUAAGUAUAGUAUUGACAUCAAAUUUGGAUGAAGAUGCUUUGAAUGUAAGGAUAAUCAUAUAAAUAAUAAUAGGAAUCUUGGGCAUUCAGAGAUUUCAAAUUAUCAUUCCAAAGAUGUCAUCCAGAAUGUGCAGUAUGUGCAGAUAAUAAACCAGACAAUUGUUUCUUUUGGACAAAUGUAGCUACUAAUUGGAAUAAACAAAUUUCAUUAGAAGGAUGGACGUUAGAUGGAGAAGGAAAACCAGAAGGAAAUGAAUGUGCGGGAGUCCAACUCUUUGGUGGUUAUGGAAAAUUAGGAAGAAAAGCCAAUUUGUGGAAGAGAUUCACUAAUUUACCACCACACUAUUAAGUCAAGGUUAAGGUAUAAAUGUGGAAGAUUGAUUCUUGGGAUAACGAGUUGUUCUUAAUGGAAAUUGAUGAUUAAGAGAAAUUCAGACAAGCAUUUGCUUAUAAUGAAGGAGUUGAUCUUUGUGGUGUUGAUACAGGUGCUAAAUAAGGAGAAGGAUGGGCUGAAAAGAUAGUUAAUAUUGAAAUUAAUGUCCCUCACAAAUUCCCUGAAGUCAAAGUCUUAAUGAAAUCAACAUUGGAUGAACCACCUGAGAAUGAAUCAUGGGGUGUCAGAGACUUCUAAUUAUUUGCUGCCCAAUGUUUCAAGGGAUGUACCGGUUGUACUGGACCAGCUAAAUCUGAUUGUACUUCAUGUGGAUAAGGUUUCGAUCUUGUCAAUGGUGAAUGCAAAGAAGGAAGUAAUUAAAUAGAUAUAUAAAUUGAUUAGUUAAAUGGAUGACAUUGAACAGAUUCUUCUUUAAUGAUGAAUAAGACUUCUAAGGAUUGUAUGAUUGGAUUCCAUCAAACGUAUUCCAAAAUUAAAAUCCAUUUUCAACUUGUGGAUAAAAGAAAUUGUUUGGUGGUUAUCAAAGAUUUGGUGUCAAGGGUAAGGCUGAGAGAAACUUCAAUCUUCCAAAACAUUCAAGACUCAGAAUAUAAUUCUAAUUCUGGAAGAUAGAUUCAUGGGAUGAUGAGAAAUUCUAACUCUUCGUUGAUGGCAAGGUCGUCUUUGAAAGAUCUUUCGGAUUCAGUACUCCAGGACAAGCCAAAAUCUGCGGAGCUCCUUAAAGCACUUGGAUGACUUAUUUCUUCAAUGUUGAUGUCAUUCUUGAACACACCAAUCCUACUGCUAACGUUGUCUUGACUUCCACAUUAGAUUAAGCUGCUGAUGAUGAAUCAUGGGGUUUCAGAGAAUUCCAACUCCUUUAUGAAUUAAAAGAAGAUUGUGUUGAAUUGUAUACUGAAUGUGGAUUCAAGGGAACCAAAUUUGAAAUCUGUAGAGACACUCCUUCCCUUGCUAGAGUAAUCUUAUAUUUACAAUAUCUUUUUAGGAAAAGAUCAGCUAAGUCAAAUCAAUAAAGAUUCCUCCCGGAGUUGUCGUCUAAGGUUUUGAUGAAGAAGUGUACAAAGGAAAGACUGUGAAGUUCUCAUCAAGUUAAGAUUGCUUAGAAGAAAUCUAAUUUUCUUUCAUCCAAAAGAAGUUUGAAAUCAUCCAAGCUGAUGAUUCUGUCCUUGCUGCAAAUUUAAGACGUAUCAGAUUUGAUUGAUUUUAUAAUCAUA